GUUCUGUGCCUGAUUCCCAUGAACCAGAAGGGAAACCUGGUUCCGGCGACGGCAAAUCAAUACUCCGGAAGUUGUAUAUUGAUUUAUGCAAUCUUAUAGUAGAAUCUCGUUGUCCUGGCGUAACAGAUCGAGGGUACGGAGCAGGAAUUCAUUGUCCUCCUCUUUUAGGUUCAAAUACUCACUGCUGUGAUCUUUCGAAACCGGAGUGCCAAAAGCAUCAACGACUAGUCCACCGUUUAUUACGGGCUUUGAAGAAGAAUGUGUUUGAAAUUGAAGUCCUGAUGCUUCCUGAUUGCUGCGAAGAAAUGAAAUUGUGUGAAAAUAUUCAAAACAAAGAAUAUAUACUAUUAGAGAGAUGGUCUAUGGAUUGUACAUACAGCCAAACACAGUCUGCCAUAGAUGUGAGUCAACUCCUCAGAGCCGUUCGUUCUUUUUUAUAUUUCUCCCAAAUAAGUGCCUGGUUAAGUUCCACUAGAGGAAAAUCUCCAUCGAAUAUUUAUUAUUGGAUAAAACUUUCUGCAGAUGUUACAACAGUGUUCGAAUGCGAACCAGACCUACAUUCCUUUCCAGUGUGUAGAAUUAGUGAAGGGUUAUAUGGAACUAUCAGAGUGCAGUACCGAGCAAGAGCUCAGUAUAUACCCAUAAUUCCUUGUUCUAAGCAUCCUCCGCUGAAUGGAUAUCCUCUUAGAGCAUUAGCGGAAGAUUCAGAGUUACGCCAAACCAUUUCUUCUGAUGAAUCUCUUAAACAGAUUUUGAAAUCUUAUGAUUCGCAACCUCAAACAGCCUUAAAUGUAAAUGACUGCAUGAUUGAGACAUCCAAUAAUGAUAUCAAUAUCUUAAUUUCUCAACCUACUCAUCUGAAAGCAUUCCCAACAGAUGCUUCUAAUACGACGGCUAAACGAAUUCUGAAGCAUUCGAACAGCCAAAGUAAGACACCAAAUGUUUACAAUACUGUGCCGAAAAUUUCUCAGGGUAAGAGGGCAAAUGAGUUGUUAAAUGUUGCAUCCAAAUCUAAAGCUACAAAUAAACGUUUUCAAAGUAUUUAUUCAAGAAAUCCUAGUCAAGAAAAUUUAUCCUUUGAUAAAUUCCCACCUUCCAAGCAUUUAUGUAGGGAAAAAUUAAAAAGAGCGAAUGAGUCAUCAGUAUGUUGCAAUAGACUGUGUUAUUCGAGUACAUUGCAAUCGUCUUUAAGUAGUUCCCUUAAGUGUCAUUUGGCGGGUAAUUUAGGAAAUUCUGAAACUGUGCAAUCCUUGGAAAUUAAUCCUCAGCAGUGUGUUCUAAAUGCAACAAAAAUUAGCUCCUCUUCAGAGGAAAUCAGUUUAUCAGAAGAAAAAAGAAGUGUUCAAAAUGAGAUUCUUUCACCUUUCCAGGAAAAUUCUCAAAACAGUGAAGUCGAUAAAGAUCUCAUUCAUGACGUCUGUAAGCCAAAUACACCUUGUCUUUCAUCGAAAAUUUGUGGAAACGUUAAUGUAUCUCCCCUUAACAUCAAACAUGUACAAAAAAGUACAAAUUUUCCAGAAACUGUUCAUGUACUUAGUCAUUGUGCACAAAAGAAACGUCGCAAACGCAAAGCAAGCAGUAUCUCAAGGAAGGUAAAAUUUCAGAGGAUCAGUGAUGUCUCUGAACGUAUAGAACUUCAUACUGAAUCAGCUGUUACAUCUCUAUCACAUGAAAGAAUUAAUUCCAAUGACUUUGAUAACUUACAACUCAAUGCAACUGAUGCAACAGAGAAAAUAAUAUCAAAACAGUUAAAUUCAUGCAGAACCGAAGAUCAAAUGGAAUACUCAUAUAGUUUUUGCUUAAAUCCAAAUGCUCUAGCAGAUAAUGAAGCUAAUGUAAAAAAUGAGAUAUUAGACUUAAAUCACGAAAUACAUACUUCUAGUAGCAAAUGUGAAGUGCCUAAUAAAAUUUCCAAUCACGUUUUGUCUGUGCGAAAUAAUAAAACUUCUUUGAAGCUUUCUCAUAAUUUGUUGAAACUUUCCCUAAAGCGCAGAGAAUCAUUAAAGUGUGUUAAGACAAGGAAUAUCUCCCUUAAGAAUUUAAGAUCUAGUGUUAGUAAAUUUACCCCUUGCAAACAUUCUAAUGUAGACUAUGAUCAAAGUGUACAAUUGAGCAAUAGUACAAAUAUUUUACAGAAUAUAGGUAUCUCUGAAGAACAUAAGGCUUUCGAUCCUUCCUGUAAAACUGAUGAUAAUUCUACCCAUCUAUGUAUGGAAACAGAACAGAGUUCUAAGCUGAAGAAUGCAGCCUUGAAAUAUAAAUCAAAGAUAUCACGGGAAUGCUCAGUAUCGAGCAACUGUCACUCAUGUCACCGAAAUAAAUGUAGCAGUCCUAAAAGGAAAUCUCAGGAUUUUAAACAAAAAUGUCAAAUGAGUAGUAUAAGAAAGUUGGCAACUGAGUCGCUUCAGUUUGGUAAAGCAUUGAGGCCUGCUGAUACCUCAGGGCAAAAUAUAAAAGUACAUAAAAAAUCAUUGUCCAAGAGGCAAAAGCUUGAUAAAGUCAAUACUCUUAAAAGUACUAGUCAAACUUUUACUGCAGUAGCUGCUCAAAAUAAAGCAUGUCUUUCAAGCAUUCGUGGGCAGCCAAAUAUUUUACUUAAAAGACACGCUAAACUUAAAAUGUUGGAUGCACAGAACUUUCAGCGCACUCAAAGAUGUGCUCCAAAACAAAUCCUUAAAGAUAUGAAAAAUACUCACGUCAACUUACCUCAAACUUCUCAGAGUACUUCUCUAUCAAAUCAGGUCAUGAUUUCAUCGCAUGUUGAAUCGCAGGGGAACUCCAUUUUAACCGGUGAUGUUUCUGAUAUGUGCUCUCGAAUUUACCAUGGCUUGCCAGAUGAAAACCGUGGCUGCUUAUCAAGACAUACAUCAAAAUUUAGAAAAGGGAGAAAACUUCUUGGAAAUUUCGAGGAAUCCAUUUUGAAAGGUUGUUUGCCACCUGUCAAUAGAGUGAAAGGUUUUCAAGCUGAAAUAGGCGCUAGCGGAAGUUUUUGCCCUGACCAUUUGACACUACCUGCUGAUGUACACUUUUAUGAAUUUGGAAGCCCACAUCAAGGAGCAACUUUGUAUACGGCUCAUGUGACUCUCGGUGACAUUGAGUAUUAUCUUCCUAAGAAAGGAGCUGUGCAAGUUACGUUGUUCAACCCAUCCGAGACUGUUGUUAAAAUGUUUGUUCUCAACUAUGAUUUAAGCAACAUGCCACCUCUGUGCCAUACAUUUAUGCGGCAAAAGAUAUAUUAUAUGCCUAUUGGUUCUUCUGAAAAGGAUCCAUCAUCUCAAAAAUGGCUGCGAUUCAUUAUUCAUAUAAGAUUUGCAUCAACAAGAACAGGAAAAAUCUAUCUUCAUAACGAUUUCAAAAUUGUGGUUCUUUAACAAAAGCAAUGAUGAUGCAGCUUCAGACCUUAGUCAAGAACCUCGAGAACUGCGUUCUUUUAUAUCUGUGCCAACAAAUCCCACAUUUUCAAACUUUUAAUCAUCAUCAUAACCUUUCAUCAUUCUAAAUGUUGCUUAUAGUUUUAAGUUAAAUAUAGUUGUAUUUACUUGUUAUAUACAUACAUAUAUAUAUAUAUAUAUAAUGUAAUAACAGAAUAAAUAUUAAUAUUACUAGU